AUGCGUCAUAGUUAGAGUAACGGAAGCAGUACAGCGACGCUCAUAGACAGCCUGACCGACGCUGAAUGAGAACGCACUGAUUUCGACUUCAAAAUGAUGAAAUUUCUGCCGAAACUUCUGCUACUGGUGUUGUUAGCCUUUCCGGCGACUCUCCUUAUCAAAGGACCAGUGGCAAGUGCCCAGGAUUUGACUGAGGAUGAGGAGGCUGAGGCUGUAGAUGAAGACGUGGUGGACGACGUGAACGAAGAGGAUGAUGAGGCAGAAGUGGAAGAUGAUGAUAACACAGAACUGACGGAAGAAAAAGAAGAUGAAGAGGAGGAAGCGUUGGUUGGAGAGGUGAAGGCUUCCCCCAACGCUGACACAACCAUCCUGUUUGUCAAAGGAGACGACUUCCCAGCCAACGACAUCGUUAAGUUCCUUCUUGGCUUCACUAACAAAGGGUCGGAGAACUUCAUCGUAGAGUCUCUGGAUGCUUCUUUCCGUUACCCACAGGAUUACCAGUUCUACAUCCAGAACUUCACCGCUCUCCAGCUCGGCACCGUGGUUCCUCCCAGCAGACAGGCCACCUUUGAGUACUCCUUCAUCCCUGCAGAGCCAAUGGGUGGGCGGCCAUUCGGACUCGUCAUCAACCUCAACUACAAGGACAGCAGUGGAAACGUUUUCCAGGAUGCUGUGUUUAACCAGACUGUCACCAUCACUGAGAGAGAGGAUGGGCUUGAUGGAGAGACGAUCUUCAUGUAUGUCUUCCUGUCAGGUCUUGGGCUGCUCGUGGUUGUAGGCCUUCACCAGCUGCUGGAGUCCAGAAAGAGGCGGCGUCCAGCUCCAAAGGUAGAAACGGGAACUUCGAGCCACAACGACGUCGACCUGAGCUGGAUCCCCCCAGAAACACUGAACCAGAUCAUGCAGAGUCGCAGAGACAAAGCAUCUCCCAAAAGAUCUCCUCGCAAGAGGAACCAGAAACGCUCGGCCGGCUCAGACGAGUGACGGCUGACAAACGUCACUUCAACAAAAAUUUCAUCCACCCGUGGAGGAAGAGGAGGCGGCGGGCUGAGAGCUCCACCGUGAGCACACUCUGCCCUCUGCUGAGGAACUUGAACCAGUGCCAAGCACAGCGAUGGCUGGCUCAGCUUAAAAACUGUUGAACACACACACACACACACACUGCAGCCCCUUUUGUUUAACGAUUACUUUUUCUGACGCUGUCACAGAGAGAUGUGGGGAGGCUCAUCCUCUAACAGGCAUGUUGGGCGUUUGUUUUCUCUGAAGGUUGAUGGGUUUUCUUCAAAGAUCAGAUUUUUUUUAAGCCUUGGUAGUACAACUGCUGACAUUAUCAUUGUGAGACAGUAUUGAUUGUGUUGUUUGCCUCGCACACUGACGCACGGCUGAAACGAUCAGAAUCAUUUUUGUCUAAUUCGACUCUUCUUUCAAGUUACUGGUUCAGAGUAGAAACACUGGUUGGUUGCAGCCCUGCUCUGAUGUGUGGAGGAGCUACAGUAACAGAUGCAGUUUUGUUGUUUUUGACUUUUUUGUAUAUUUUCUCUGUUCGUUGAUUUUGUCUGCACAUAAUUUUUGGUUUUGUUGGGAUUUUGUAGACUUAAUCUGCUUCCCUUCUGUCUGCUGUCCCUCUGUGUUUCACCCUUUAGUCACAGUAACUCAGUUUCCCUUCUGCAGAUACUCAGUUUUUUUUGUUUUUUUUUUUUUGUGGUCUGAUCCUGUCGGUCAGCUAUCAGUGCCGUCCUUCUUAAACUGUAACUGACGUUUUGAGCUAACGUUUCAAUGCUCAUGUUAUAUUUAGGGGGAAAAGGUCCAAAUCUUUGUCUAACAAUGAUGAAAUAUUGUUUUGGUUUAGCACAGAAAAGAAACAGGCCGCAGUAAUGCAGUGUGGCCAGUAGGAGGUGGUACGAGUAGAUCUCCAGAAACUCACCAGGCAUUAAUCUCUAGUUUCUCCUUAUGUAAUUGAUUAAGCGUGUAUUUCAGCAGGCAGCUAAUUAUUGAGAGAGAAUAUGGAGAUAUUGAUUAUCUGCCUGAUAAGACAGAUGGACGACAUGACAUCCAGCAGCUGCUGAGUUUCUUGUGCUACAGAGGCUGUGACCGGCUGCCCGCCAUCAUCACAGUCACUGUGACGCAAACGUUCAUACUGUGUGCUGCCUCAGCGUGUUUUACUUUACUGUGAUAUAGUGAAGAGCAGUCAUGCUCAUGUUCCACGGGGGUUUUUGGCAACUAAAUCAAAGUUAUGCAAAGCUUCAGUUUUACAGUGACGAACCUCCUCCUGCAGUUCUGUGGUGUGCUGGACUUUUGAGCUUCUGAGCCAAAUCAUUUUUGCAGACGAUGUGCUGCUGACUUUGUGCGUGAAGUUGAUCCGUUUGAGUUUUUUGCUUGUCCUUCUACUUUUUGAGAUUUUCAAUUGUAUUAAAAUCCAGAGUUUCCAGCCCAUGAUGCCGGGAGAGCGUCAUGGGCUGGAAACGGUGACACGAAGCUCCAUCAUGUUAGAGAGUGUGCCAGUUGUUAGGUGGACAGACAGAAGCGGAGAAACGGAUCAAUGUGGAGCUCUGAGGCAGGAACGGAUCACCAUCAAUCAGCAUUUGGCUCAGAAGCUGAUAUCAGCACGUUAUGUUGUUUACGCUGUAAACACAGUCUGCAGGAAUUUGAUUUAGUUGGAACUAAACUCAUUUAGUUCUUAUGAUUUUUCUUCACCAUAUCAUAAAGAAAAUGUGCGAAACACAAAAUUUAUGCCACUUAAAUUUUUGGCCAUGAUUCUUUCUCGACAAGGCUUCUGAGUUUUCUGUGCUGUGAAGCGUAAAGUCUGUUAUUGUCAACGAAAAUCGUCCAAGUCCUGUUUUUAGAACAGUUUUCAUUUAGGAAUCUGAAAAAGUUCAUUAGGCAGAAAAUGUUUUGCUUAUCCUUCUUUAAAUCAUGUGAAAUGGUUAACUUGGUCUCUGGGAGCCUCUGAGGGGAGUAACCAUCAUCCAGCAGGUUCAUCGAUAGCAAGAAUAAUCUAGUUACAGCCUUAAGCAUUACAAUGCAUGAAAGCGACUUUCUUUUCUCUCAUUAACAUGAGUAUUUUAACAUAUGAGACGCAACUCAUGAGGUUUUGUGAAAUCGGAUGUUAUGGUUCUCCCGGCUCGCCCUGUGAAAUAUCUGCAUCGUGAUGUUACGUCAGACCUGCGAGUGGAGACCCGAGUGUCUCGUCAGGUGGACUCAUCAGCACUGUUGCGCUCGCUUCGGGCUCUGGCUCAGAAGAUGACGGGUAAAGACUCCUCAUAAGAAUCUAACAAACUGAACGGUUCGGGUCCUCUCCACGUGUGCCUGUUUUCUACCUUUUCCGUUUGUACGUUUUUAUUCACUUCUGGCUUCUCUCCUCAAGCAGCCUGUGCAGAUCAGAAAAAUGUUGAAGCACUGGUGUAAAUACUGGCUGACUUAAGCUGAUUUCAGAGCAAAUUUACCGAGCUAAUUUAUUCAAGACGAAGAUUGGGAUUAAAGGGGAGGGGGGUGGGGUUUGUAUACUGUACCACUAGGGGGCAUCAGAUUCUGCAGGGCUUGAGCGUCAGAUGAGGCUCCUGGUCUGCAGAGAUGUCAUUUCCUGUAAAGCUUUUUGUGGAUAUGGAAGUUGACAGCUGUUCACUGAGGCUCCCACAUCCACAAGCAGCCAAGCUGACAGGUUUUUGUUAUGUUUCUGUUUUUCUAAAAUGAUGGGGGCUGUAAUUCAGAGAUCUGAGCUUGUUCUUUUAUUUGCUUUUAAAUGUGCAGGAAAUAAACUGAGGAUUUGCUGUAGA